ACAACAUGGCUGCGCCCGCGCCAGGGCCACCUCUUGGAUGCUUCACCGGGCUAGCUCGCGUCUUCUGGCUGCUGGUGCUGGCGUUCGGGGCAGCACGGAGCGAAGAGGCCGGGGCCGGGGAUGGCGCGGCGUCCCUCGCGGGCUCGUGCGGCUGCGGAGCGGCCCAGCGGCCAGGGGCCCACGGCAGCUCCGCGGCCGCGCAGCGCUACUCCCGGGAGGCGAACGCCCCGGGCCUGGCCUCGGCCCUGCGACCGCUCGCGCUCACCAAGAUGGUCCCUAUUCCCGCUGGAGUGUUUACAAUGGGGACUGAUGAUCCUCAGAUCAGGCAGGAUGGAGAAGCCCCUGCCAGGAGAGUCACCGUCGAUGCCUUUUACAUGGAUGCCUAUGAAGUCAGUAAUGCUGACUUUGAGAAGUUCGUGAACUCAACUGGUUAUUUGACAGAGGCAGAGAAGUUUGGCGACUCCUUUGUCUUUGAAGGCAUGUUGAGUGAGCAAGUGAAGGCGCACAUCCACCAGGCAGUUGCAGCUGCUCCAUGGUGGUUACCUGUCAAAGGCGCUAACUGGAGGCACCCAGAGGGCCCAGACUCCAGCAUUCUGCACAGGCCAAAUCAUCCGGUUCUCCAUGUCUCCUGGAAUGACGCUGUUGCCUACUGCACGUGGGCAGGGAAGAGGUUGCCCACGGAGGCAGAGUGGGAGUACAGCUGUAGAGGAGGCCUGCAGAACAGGCUUUUCCCCUGGGGCAACAAACUGCAGCCCAAAGGCCAGCAUUAUGCCAACCUUUGGCAGGGCGAGUUUCCUGUGGCCAACACCGGGGACGAUGGCUUCCAAGGAACUGCACCUGUUGAUGCCUUUCCUCCCAAUGGCUAUGGCUUGUACAAUAUAGUGGGGAACGCAUGGGAGUGGACCUCAGACUGGUGGACUGUUCACCAUUCAGUUGAGGAAGCACACAAUCCAAAAGGCCCCACUUCUGGGAAAGACCGUGUGAAGAAAGGUGGAUCCUACAUGUGCCAUAAGUCCUAUUGCUAUAGGUACCGCUGUGCCGCUCGAAGCCAGAACACACCAGAUAGCUCUGCAUCCAACCUGGGAUUCCGUUGUGCGGCUGACCAUCUGCCCUCUGUGGACUGACAGCCAACGGGAGCCUUUCCAGAUCCAGGAAAUGGUUUCUAACUUGCAACCGGCUUCCUCCCGAACUCCGAACAGAUCUUGUAUAGAGAAUUCCCACUUCAAGAGAGUAACAUGUCUGCCCAGUGGCCAAAGGAACUGUCUCGCGUGACCAAAUUGCUGACGUGUGUCAGUGCUUGUGCUUUAUUGUGUGGUGCAUCUUUGGGGAUCAUCGCCAUGUUUUCCUUUGAGAGCCUUUUGAAGAGGAAGGAGAGAGCUGAAAACCUUGAAGUCUUGCCCAGACUCUGCCACAGGGCUAGGCCCUGGGGUCCGUACUUCAUCUGCCUGGGCUUCUGUCCCCAUCCUCAAAUGAGGGGAUGGACAACAAGGUCUCUGAGACUCUCUCCAACUCACAGAUUCUAUGUGUAAGAGCAGAGUGUAUUGUGAUUGCAUAGUGAGAAUUUAUGGCAGAUUAUUUUUUAGCUAUUUUUUCCAUGUGUGAACCAUGGGUUAUACUAAUGAUAUAGGGUGAGAAUCUCUUCUAUAUUAUUUUCAGGAAAGGGUAGGGUGUGAGUCUUUUAUAUCCCUGCUGCACUUUGGUCUUUUGUGGAAGUCAGUGUCUUUUACAUUGUUGUGACAAAUCUCAUGUGGACCAGUGAUGGGGACACUCACGUUCAGAGUUCUGAACACACAGGAAUGCCUGUGGAGUGACUCUACUGUCCUUUAUCUUUUAGCAUUAAGUGCCUUUGGCUCAGAGGGACAGUUUGAAGCCCUCUUUCCCUUUCGCCCCUAAGCCUUCAGAGAAUGUGAAAUGUGUACUAAUUAGGGAAAGUGUUGAGUUCCGGGUACGAGGGCCUUGAACAGACUGCAUUCAGAGUGUUCAUUAUAUUGUACUAGAGAGAUGGGAAGUCUCGUUGACUUUGAGAUACCAGAUGCUUUGAAUCAUGCACUAUGUCAAAUAAACUGGUACCCCCCAUCAGACUUCA